AUGCCUGGGGGAGAAAUGGAGGAGCUGAGGCGGCUGGCAGGCGUGAAGGUUCCUGACCAGGGUCCUGAGACAGCAGAUACAACAGCUACCAAGGUGAGCGCUUCAAAGGCUUCCGUUGCCAAGCCGCAGACUGCACCGCCACCACCCCCUCUUGAAGGGUUCAGCGCUAUCUGUAAGGCCGGAGGCAGGAGUGUGCCCCCAAAGGGUCCCGUGCCAGCAGCACCGCCUGUGGGCUUUUUGGACGUGCACAAAGCAGUAUCCAAGGAGCCAAGUGCAAAGGUCGCUGCAUCACCAAUUUUUUUGGCUGCUACUCAGAGCGAGAGCACGAAGGUGUGGCCGUAA